GUUCUUAUUUUUCGAUGACCGCGCCAUCUCCUUCUUCGAUUUUACACAACUCUGCAGACUAGGAAAAAAGUGAAAUUCGGAUAAGUGGUUCACUCAAUCAAAAUAGUAAUAUGAUAAUUCAUUGCAUGGGAAUAAUAAGAUGACAUUUAUCCUCGGAACAAUCAGGUCACUGACUUGUCGUUUUAAUAGUGCUCUUAGAGCGAGUUGUCACAAGAAUCAAACGAGGAAAGCGUUACACACGAGUGCCGGAUUACUUCAUGGUGAAUAUGAAUUCCAAGAUCCAAAAUCUGAAGACGAAGUUGUCAACAUAACAUAUAUUGAUAAACAUGGAAAAAAAACACCCGUUAGAGGGAAAGUGGGUGAUAAUGUGCUCUACUUGGCUCAUCGGUACAAUAUAGAAAUGGAAGGAGCUUGCGAAGCAUCCUUGGCUUGUACUACCUGUCACGUUUAUGUACAUCAUGAUUACUUGGAUAAACUGUCAGAAGCUGAAGAGAAAGAAGAAGAUCUGCUAGACUUGGCCCCAUUUUUGAAGGAAAACUCUCGUCUUGGAUGUCAGAUAACUUUGACAAAAGAUCUAGAGGGAAUGGAAUUACAACUGCCCAAGAUAACAAGAAACUUUUAUGUUGAUGGUCACACACCUGCACCCCAUUAAAAAACUUGUUAGUAAAAAAAUUGUAAAUAGUAUGGAUGAAUCUAACUAAAAGCUUAACAAUGAAGAGCCAUUGUGAUUGUAUAUUGUUGUUAAAAUUGAUCAAACUCUGUAUAUAGAUAUAUGUGUAUGGCAAUACAAUAUAUUUAUUUUGUUUUUCAUA